AUGGCGGAGAGCAUGCUGCGAGCCUACGCACGCCACCAGUGGGGUCCGGAUAUGACGAGGGAGAAGCUUCGAAACGAACAUCCAGAGCGUUGGGAGGAGGCCAUGACACUUGCCGAGAAACUGGCGGAUCGGCUCCCUGUUUGCAGAUACCAACUCGUCUGGGGGACGCUCUGCAAGUUUCUGGAAGCGGAGAAGACGCGUAGACGCCACCGGGUGCUGGGAGAGCUAGCCACGGUGCUGAGGACCCGGACUCACCUCGUGCUGCCGGCAAUCGCCAACUUCUGGAGGGUGGACCUCUACCAAUCCAGCAAGGGCAUGGAGGAGAGAGUUGACGCUGCCAAGGACGGUUUCCUUGAGGACCAGCUGCUGCUGGCGAGAUGGCUGAUGCUGGCUCGCAGGAAAGCCCUCCCGGAGGACGACGAGGAAUUCAAGGGACCCUGGUCCAUCGAAGAGGCUCAAGAGAUGCAAGAGGCGCGCACCCGGGAGCAGGAGCGCGAGGGCAAGGAGGAUGACGGCGACGAAGAGGACUACGUGUACCCGGAUUUUGAUGAUGAAGGCGACGAAGACCUCAUCCGGGGGUACUCAAUGGACGAUGCCGGCUGGUCGGUGAAAGAGAGCCGCGACAGCGAGCACCGGCAAAAGCUCAACACCGCGGCGAUCAAGGUUAUCUCCCGGGCGCUACCCCCGCAGGUCCCGAAACCCAAGUCGCCGGCCCCCCUCGGGCUGUACGAACUGUCGGUCGUGGAGAGGCCCCCUGAGCUAGACGUGCCCCCCCCCGCCGACAUCUUCGGGGGGGACACGCCGGCCGGAAUCGGGAAGGCGGGCGCGGGGGAGGUGCCGGUGAUGUCGGGCGCCGCGGACAGGACUUGGAGGGGGAAGAGGAGGCUCAGCGAGGAAAGCGCAUGGCCGGAGGAAGGACAGGAGGAGGGUGGCGGCGAAAACAAGCCGUGGUGGGAGGGCGCGGGAGAGGAAGAGCUACCGCGCGCGAGGGAAAAGGACUACCAGGAGGUGGAAGACGUGCUCCUCAAAGGCAUGAGGGUCAAGCGCCCCCCGGAUGCAAAGGUGUUCGUGAGACGACUUCCGUACGGGCUGAGCGCCUACACCGUCAGGGACGCGUUCUCCAGGUGCGGAGCUGUGCACCAGGUGAUCAUCAAGGAGCCCAUUUUCAGGGAGGGAGAGGACCCCGUUUCAAGGCCCAAUGCGGGCCGCAGGCGAGGCUUCCGUCCCUCUGGCCAGAGCGAGCUUGCGUUUAGCACGGCGCACGGGCUGGUGGUAUUCAGCGACCACGACGGGUUCGACAGGGCCACGGCGGAAUCCUUCCGCAUCUUCGGGGUGCACAUCGAGGGGGCGGCUGUCGCUACCAGCCCCGCCUACCAAUGCCGUACUCUGUUCGUGGAGAACCUGGAGAUGAGGACGGGGCUUGAGAUGGUGGAGGCCAUCAACGAGGUCCUCCAGCCCCGCUACAAGGUUGGCCUGGCAUCGCAGUCCCUCGAAAACAACGUCCCGCAGGUGGUCGCGAUACCUCUCCGGAAGUACGUGGCGGUGAGAGCGGUUGACAAGAUUCUCACCGACGCCGGGUUCAUCACGGCCUACCACUAUAUCGUGCCCAAGGUCCGCCAAUCACAUCCCAGCGAGGACGAGUUGCCCGACGCCGGCAUGCCAGAGCAGGGCAUCCCCGACGAGGUGGCGGCGCUUUCUGAAGAUGGCGUGAUGACCGGGGCGUCGGGCGAGCUCGGAGAGGGUGGCAUUUCUCUUGAAGACGUGCUCCCGGCGCAUCAUAGAUAGGCAGGCUAGGGUAUAACAUCGUACAUUAUUUAGAUGAUGAGCAAGACGAGAUUCUACCAGCAACGGGGCGAAGUACGCAGAUGGACCAGCAUAAGACCUCGCUUGGGCUAUUGUAGCGCCCUCCUAGGCCGGCUUCUUGGCUAAGCUCCUGCCCUUGGGCAUGGAAACGUGUUAAUCGGGAUCGAAACACCCGAGGCACGUAUCGAUCGUUCCGAG